AUGGCUCGUGUGCUGAGCCGGGACCCGGUGGAUAUUGAGAGCAUUCUGGCUUUAAAUCCCCGAAAACAGACACAUGCAACUCUUCAUUCAACUGCAGGAAAGAAACAAGUCAAGAAGCAAUGGAAGAGGAAUUCUGAUAAAAGCUGUUCAAACUGUGAGAAACUAGAAAAUAAUUUUGAUGACAUCAAGCACACGACUCUUAGUGAGCGAGGAGCACUUCGAGAAGCAAUGAGGUGCUUAAAGUGUGCAGAUGCCCCCUGUCAGAAGAGUUGCCCAACUAAUCUGGACAUCAAGUCAUUCAUCACAAGUAUUGCAAACAAGAACUACUACAGAGCUGCCAAAAUGAUUCUUUCUGACAAUCCACUUGGCCUGACAUGUGGAAUGGUGUGUCCAACAUCAGAUCUCUGUGUUGGUGGCUGCAAUUUGUAUGCCACUGAGGAGGGACCAAUUAAUAUUGGUGGAUUGCAGCAGUUUGCUACUGAGGUGUUCAAAGCGAUGAAUAUUCCUCAGAUCAGAAACCCUUCCUUACCUCCUCUAGAAGAUAUGCCUGAAGCCUAUCGUGUGAAGAUAGCUCUCCUUGGUGCAGGACCUGCAAGUUUGAGUUGUGCUUCCUUUUUGGCUCGACUGGGUUAUUCAAACAUCACCAUAUUUGAAAAGCAGGAGUACGUUGGUGGCUUAAGUACAUCUGAAAUUCCUCAGUUCCGAUUGCCAUAUGAUGUAGUGAAUUUUGAAGCUGAGCUUAUGAAGGAUCUUGGAGUGAAGAUAAUUUUUAGUAAAGGCCUUGCAGUGGAUGGAAUGACACUCCGUACCUUGAAAGAAGAUGGCUAUGAAGUGGUCUUUAUUGGAAUAGGUUUGCCAGAACCAAACAGAGACAGUAUAUUCCAAGGACUGAGAAUGGAUCAAGGAUUCUACACAUCUAAAGACUUCCUACCUUUGGUAGCAAUGGCAAGUAAACCAGGGAUGUGUGCCUGUCACUCUCCAUUGCCAUCAAUACGUGGAACUGUGAUUGUACUUGGGGCAGGAGACACUGCUUUUGACUGUGCAACAUCUGCUUUACGCUGUGGAGCUCGUCGCGUGUUUGUGGUCUUCAGGAAAGGAUUCACUAAUAUCAGGGCUGUCCCAGAAGAGAUGGAACUCGCAAAAGAAGAGAAGUGUGAAUUUCUGCCUUUCCUCUCCCCUCGGAAAGUUGUACUUAGAGGUGGACAAAUUGUUGCUGUGGAGUUUGUUCGAACUGAACAAGACAACGAUGGAAACUGGAAAGAAGAUGAGGAUCAGGUUGUCCGUCUGAAAGCUGAUAUGGUGAUCAGUGCCUUUGGCUCCAUUUUAAGCGACAAUAAAGUCAGAGAGGCCAUGGCACCUAUCAAGUUUAACAGAUGGGGUCUUCCUGAAGUAGAUCCGGAAACUAUGCAAACAAGUGAACCCUGGGUUUUUGCAGGGGGUGACAUUGGUGGUCUUGCUAACACUACAGUGGAAUCGGUAAAUGAUGGAAAACAAGCUUCCUGGUACAUGCACAGAUACAUACAGUCCUUACAUCAUGUUGCAGUUUCUAGUGUUCCAGAACUACCACUCUUCUAUACUCCUGUCGAUUUAGUAGACAUCACUGUAGAAAUGGCUGGACUGAAGUUUCCAAAUCCUUUCGGCCUUGCCAGUGCAACCCCUACUACUAGCUCUUCAAUGAUUCGAAGAGCUUUUGAAGCUGGAUGGGGCUUUGCUGUCACUAAAACCUUCUCUCUGGAUAAGGAUAUCGUGACCAAUGUUUCUCCAAGGAUUGUGCGUGGAAUUACUUCAGGUCCUAUGUAUGGCCCAGGCCAAGGCUCUUUUCUAAACAUUGAGCUGAUCAGCGAGAAAACAGCAGCAUAUUGGUGUAGAAGUAUUGCUGAACUGAAGGCUGACUUUCCAAACCAUAUUCUGAUUGCCAGUAUCAUGUGCAGCUAUAGCAGGGAGGACUGGACUCAACUUUCAAAAAUGGCUGAGGUUGCUGGUGCAGAUGCGCUGGAGUUAAAUCUAUCAUGUCCUCAUGGCAUGGGGGAAAGAGGCAUGGGCCUGGCCUGUGGGCAGGAUCCAGAGCUGGUACGGAACAUCUGUCGCUGGGUUAGACAAGCUGUUCAGAUUCCUUUCUUUGCCAAGCUGACCCCAAAUGUCACUGAUAUUGUGAAUAUUGCGAUGGCUGCGCAGGAAGGUGGCGCAGAUGGUGUUACAGCCACCAACACCGUGUCAGGACUGAUGGGACUGAAAGCAGACAGCACACCUUGGCCAGCAGUUGGUGGAGGACUGAGGACCACAUAUGGUGGCAUGUCAGGAAAUGCUAUUAGGCCCAUCGCCCUCCGCGCAGUGUCUGCCAUAGCCCGUGCUCUCCCAGGAUUUCCCAUCUUAGCAACUGGAGGUAUCGAUUCAGCUGAAAGUGGGCUCCAGUUUCUGCACAGCGGGGCUUCUGUUUUACAGGUGUGCAGUGCAAUCCAGAAUCAAGAUUUCACUGUUAUUGAUGACUACUGCACUGGACUGCGAGCUCUUCUAUACCUGAAAAGCAUUGAGGAGCUUGAAGACUGGAAUGGACAGAGUCCUGCAACCAUGUGCCAUCAGAAAGGAAAACCAGUACCUAGAAUUGCUGAUCUGAUGGGAAAGAAACUGCCCUGUUUUGGGCCUUACCUGGAACAACGCAAAAAGAUAAUAGCUGAGAACAAGAUUAAACUGAAGGAAGAGAACACGGCUGCUGUGCUUCCCGAGAAAAAGCAUUUCAUUCCAAAGAAGCCCAUUCCAGCAAUCAAGGAUGUAAUUGGAAAAGCACUGCAGUAUAUUGGAACAUAUGGUGAGCUCUGCAACACAGAGCAAGUUGUGGCUCUGAUUGACGAGGAAAUGUGUAUCAACUGUGGCAAAUGUUACAUGACCUGUAAUGAUUCUGGCUACCAGGCUAUCCAGUUUGAUCCCCAAACCCACCUGCCCACGGUUACUGACAGCUGUACAGGCUGCACCCUGUGUCUCAGCGUCUGCCCUAUUAUCGACUGCAUCCGCAUGGUUUCCAGGACAACACCCUACGAACCAAAGCGCGGGCUGCCCUUAGCCGUGAACCCCGUGUGUUGA